AUGAGCACCACCCAUGCUCAGCAUGUCUUCUCACAAUGGGAGGCCGCGAAGCAGCGCAAAUCACCAGUCGUUAUCGAUGGUGAAACCCUGAAUCUAGGUCGAACGGUCACUCUUGGUAGAUAUGGAGGGUCUGCUACUCUGACAGAAGACCGCGAUGUCCUAGACAAGCUUGAUGCGUGCGUCGCGGUGCUGAACAAGCAACUACAGCGGGGUGACACAGUAUACGGGGUCAACACAGGGUAUGGAGGAAGCGCAGACGUUCGUUGUAGCUAUGACGAGAUGCACAAGCUACAACAAGCAUUCAUCCAACACUUGAAUUGCGGAGUGACCCCGGUACUGCCUGUACCUAGCAGCGAUCAGGUCGCGCACUCAGCCUUCUUGAAGCAAGAAUGGGUCCGAGCCGCGAUGCUCAUCCGUGCCAAUACGGUCGCAAGAGGUCAUUCUGCAGUACGGAUAUCGACUAUCAAGACGCUUCUGAAUUUAUUAAGUCAUGACAUUCUUCCGGUGAUCCCUACUCGUGGAAGUAUAUCGGCAUCUGGAGACCUGUCACCGCUUUCCUACGUCGCUGGCAUGCUGGAAGGCAACCCGGACAUCUACUGCUGGAUAGGCCCAGUGGAAGACCGAAAGAUCGUGCCUGCGUCUGCAGCCCUCGCAUCCGUGCACAUCAAGCCAACAGUGUUCGACCCAAAAGAAGCGCUGGGCCUCGUCAACGGGACCGCCAUAUCUGCAGCUACCGGAAGCAUGACCUUGGCUUCCAUGAAUAACAUCCUGGCUCUCAGUCAGCUUCUGACUGCUAUGAACGUUGAAGUUGUGCUUGGAACAGCCACGUCUUUCGCGCCGUUCAUCUCAGACAUCCGCCCGCAUCCUGGUCAAGCGCAAGUCGCAUCUACUAUAUUCGGUGCAUUGCAGGGCUCCAAGCUUGCUACAGGACUUUUAGAAAGCCAUGGUCAUACUCUCUUCCAGGAUCGGUACUCCUUACGCACCGUUCCCCAGUGGCUAGGCCCUUUCGUUGAAGACAUUCUCCUCGCCAACGAGCAACUCCGGGUAGAACUCAACAGCACAACGGAUAACCCGCUCAUUGACGCUAGCACUGGCGACAUCUACCAUGGCGGUAACUUCCAGGCUGUGUCAGUCACGUCUGCAAUGGAAAAGUGUCGACUAGCCGCGCAAGCUAUCGGACGCAUGCUCUUCUACCAGUUCACUGAGAUGACAGACCCGGCCAAAAAUCGCGGAUUGCCUCCAAACUUGUGCGUUGAUGAGCCUAGCACGAGCUUCACUUUCAAGGGAGUCGACACAAACAUGGCCGGAUACAUGUCGGAGCUUUCCUUCCUCGCCAACCCGGUGCAUAACCACGUCGUCAGUGCCGAGAUGGGAAACCAAGCCCUGAACUCGUUGGCGUUGAUCAGCGCACGGUAUACCGAUACGGCGAUGGACAUCCUAUCGCUCAUGUGCGCUUGUGCACUCUACGGCACAUGCCAAGCGUUAGACCUACGUGCCAUGAACAACAUCUUCGAGUCAAAACUGCAGUCCGCAUUAGCCGAAAGCACGCAGCACUUUCUAAAUGCCAUUGGCGUAGGCGAAGACUGGCAAGCAAAGGCCCAAGUACAAGUCUGGAAUUACAUCUCCGACCAGUUAAUCAAGACAACCACACUAGACUCCACGCCCCGCUUCGAAAAGAUGAUGCAAGGCGCAAAAGCGCCUCUGCUGUCUGUGCUGGAAGAAGCGAACGCAAGUUCAUCCGACCUCUUGCAACACCUGGGUACCUGGACUGCGAAGAACAUCAACACCAGCCUACGACUGUUCAAUCAGACGAGGCAGGAUUACAUCAAAUCGGGCGACGCAAGCGAUCUUCUCGGAAGGGCUUCGAAGCGGCUGUACCACUUCGUCAGGAAGGACUUGAAGGUUCCGAUGCACAAGGGAGUCGUCGACCAUCCCAUGUAUCGCGGGUCUGGGGAUCCAAACAACGUUUUCGAAAAGGUGGAGGAUGCGUCUACAAAGCGAACGAUCGGCCAUUGGAUCAGCGUCAUUAAUGACGCGAUACGGGAUAACAGUGUAAUGGAUGUCGUGGUAGAAUGUUUUAAAGAUGGUCUGGACGCUGAACCUGAGCUCAUGCCUCAGCGCUCCAAUGGAGCGGUCAACGGAGUGCAUUAG